AUGAUUUCUCCAUAUCAAGAACAAAAAUCCGAACAAAGAAUCCGGGAAGAAGAUACAUAUAUCAAUCAAGAAAAUAUGUCGAUAUAUACAACCGAGAACGGAUGGUUGUCACCGGAUCAAAAACAAUCCGACGCUAACCAUGAUCCAUUUCUUGAAACGAUAACCACAAAGAAUGAAGGAAUCAUGGAUGCCGGAAUGAUCGUCAGAACGAAUUCAUCUCCUACCAAUAACGAGGGAAUCUUAACCUUUUAUUAUCCAUAUUCUUCAACGCAGCAAGAUGAUGGACCUGUUACACAUUUAAAUAAUCAAUCAUCUCUUUCAAUGAUACAACCCACGCAAGGACCGACCCCUGCCUCCACACCUACACAGAAAUUAUCACCUAGGCUUCGUUCGAUUUCUGAACAAAACGCGUCACAAUCUCGUUCAGAUUUAAAACCUCACUUGCACCCUCAACAACAUUUACAUUUACAUUUACAACAACCAUCACAACAACAACCAGCCGAACAGACAUCGGUUGAGAAUCAUUACCGAUUACAAUUUUUUCAAUCUCAGGUAACACGACUUGAGGAAGAAAAUGAAAGGCUUUGUCGCGAACUUGCGGAAUUGAAUACAAAAUUGCAGCAGCAAACUCUUGUCAUUCAAGAAGGUGUCAGGUUGCACAUGUUGACGGAGGAAUUAGAAGCUAGAUUACAUCUUCAACAUCAAUCAUCACGACGCCUUCAGAAGCAAUCCGUCGAUUCAUUGCCUUCAGAGGACACAGUAUAG